UGUAAUGAAUUGAAACAGUAGUGUUGUGAUUGACAUUUUUCCAGUUAUAAUUUUAAAAUGACAAUUUACAGCAAAAUUGUUCAAAUAAUAUUAGUAAGUGUGUAACGUUGGAAAAAAUCAGUUUUAAUUGAAUUACGGAUUACUUAUGAUAGCUGAAGGAUUUGACGAGAAUAUGACAGAAGCAGUGGUGGGUGGUGCGGCGCUGGCGUGGCGGUUACUGGCCACCUUGGAGGGGGGCUCGUUUCUGCUCGCCACGUCAGCCCUGCUCGCGUACACAGCUCGCAACAGACUUACAAAACGACCGCAACCUCGAAGAAGGACAAUCAAUACUGUUCUCAUUACAAACAGCGAUAACAUAUUGGGGAAACAUUUAAAAACACAACUGGAAUCACGUGGUUGUGCUGUGAAGACAGCGACCGAAGAUGUGCUGGACGGGGCGCGGAGUGGAGCGGUGACCAGAGUGGAUGCUCUGGUGGUAAUCGGCGCGGUGCCUCGGACCGAAUGCUUGAACGGAAUGGCCGAGUUCGUAUCAGAAGACGUGUAUAACAAUUUGAAAACACUCGAGAACCUCUCUGUAAUGGUGAGGCCGGGCGGAUGUAUUGCAUGGGCGUGCGCGGGCGCAGGAGCGGACAACAGCGCGUACAGCGUGGCCGGCGCUGCAUUUGACGCAGUUGUGCAAGCCAGCUUACAACACGUCGCUGAAAAUUCCCAUUGUGAAUCCAUAUGGAUAGAUCGCAGUGAAUGUGCAGAGCGGACCGCGCAGCGAGUAACCGACGCUCUUUUGCCUUAUACCACACCCAACAACGCCUCCAAAUUCUCCAUCAGAGACAUCGCGAAGACAAUAGGGAAGUACGUCUGCAGAGGGCUAAAAAUAAUCACGUGAUAAUUCUACCUCGUUCUGUGACUUUGUAAUAUACUGUAUUGUACUUAAAAUGUAAUAAAAAUAUUAAUAAAAAUAGUAAUUUAAUGCGAAAAAUAACCGAAUUGACUUAACCAGUGGAGUACCUUUUUUACAAGUAAAAUAUAAUACAUAUUUAUGAAAAUUAUAUUUACAAAAAAUAAUAUGUACCAUUAUUAAAUAUGAGUAAAAUAAUUAUGAAUAAAAAAAAUUCUGCUUUC